AUGAGUUGGUUUCAGAAGACCGUUUCGCUGAAGGCUCGACGACGUGGCUGCCAUCUGAUUACGAGCGAAGUGCUGCCGCAUGUGCAGGAGGCGGUCGCGCGCAUUGAAAUUGGCCUCUGCCACCUGUUCCUCCAGCACAGCUCGGCGAGCAUCUCCAUCAACGAGAACGCAGAUCCGGAUGUGCGCAAGGACAUGGAGACUGUUCUCAAUCGCCUGGUUCCUGAGGGAGAUAGCUACGUGCAUGACGCAGAAGGUCCCGAUGACAUGCCUGCCCACGUCAAAAGCAGUCUGUUUGGCGUUUCUGUAACCGUCCCAAUCACCAACGGCCGUUUGAAUUUUGGCACUUGGCAGAAGGCCCUUAGCUUCCCACGGAAGGUUCGCGCCCAUGUCCCUAAGCAUGUCGAGAGCACAGACCAAGAAAGCGUCGCGGUCUCGCGCCACGACUCGCACCACGACGGUGCGAGCUGCACACCCCCACGAACCUGCACAGCUUCGCCUGCGUCCUCGGCCUCCACUCAGGAAUACCAACGGGACCUGGAGCCCGAAGCAGACGCGAAUCCAAUCCGCCUUCUUCCGGAUGCUGAGCGCUCUCAAUUCCAAGGACGUGCUGAUCGCUUGCGCGAUCAAUUGAGCACCGGACCUCCAAACUUGGAGCGCGCCCGCCGAGCUGUUCAGAAUUUGUUGCAAGAAGCGACUCAGGCACUUCCUCGGCCGGGUCAAAUCAUCGAAUCACUGCGUAUGGGAGGAGUGUAUGAGCACGUCGGCGUCGUGAUUGCGUACCCUGGUCAACCGUUCGAAUUAGCUGUGAUCCAGGUCGAUCCAUCUGAAGCGGAUGGGACAGCUCUUCUGGAGGGUGACCCCAAUGGCGUGCACCUUAUUCCAUUGCAGCACUUUGCUCGCCAACAAUAUCGCUUUCAGGGAGUUGCGCCAAGCCCUGGUACUGAACAGUACAGGCAAUUCGAAGACCGCGUUUUAACGGCUCGCCAGUGUCCUGGCUUCAAUUACGGAUUUGUCACUGCGAACUGUCAGCAUUUUGCAUCGUGGGUUGUGACUGGCAGAUCGGAGUCACACGGUGUCAUCCAAGGUUUGCAAGCCAUCAUUAUCGGAGUCACUGUCACCGCCGUGGGAUGGCGAAAUCGCGGUUCAUGGGUGGCGUUUCUCGGCAUUGUACUUGCUGUGACAGUCAUCAUUUGGUUCAUUGAGCGAGCCGUCUACCUGCUUUGACUCGCUUUGACG